GCCUCAAACACGCAUCAAUCCAUCAAUCCGUCAAUCCAUCCAUCCAUCCAUCGCACAUUGAUCCCUUCUCUGUGUGGCUCUCACCGAUUGAUCGAUGUCGCGCGCCGACCGGCCGGCCGGCCGGCCGGCCGGCCGGGAACGUGUUUUGAUGUGUGACAGCUGGACACGAAACACGCAAUGCAGCGACCAGCGAUUCGUGUGGACAUCCAUAUAUGUAUAUACAUAUGUAUGUGUAUUAUUAUAUACAUGUUACAUCGAUCGCAUGCACCACGGACACGCACAUAUACAGACAGGGAGACGUACUUACCAUAGAGAGGCAGGAGAUUCAUCCACCGGUUGCAGACAUCCGAGCGGAUGUGCAGCCACAUGCGAUGAGGACGGACGCAGCAUUCCGAUGGAUAGAGAGGGGCAAAAACGGCGACACACACACACACACACACACACAUACGUAUACACGUACAUUGCCAUAGACAGACCUCUCUCCACCUCCGCCAAUAGAUAAACCCAUGGCAGCAGCAGAGAGACAAACACACUCAUGCGACCACCCGGAAAAAGGUCAUGAAGCGGCCACAUGAUCCCGCUGGCCGACUACAUCACCGCCAUCACACACAUCUCGACAGCUCUCACGCUGCCCACCGCUCCGACGCCUGAACACGUCGAGACAUUCAUGCGUGCCUUCCUCGCCUCCCCUCCCUCACUCCUGCCCCUCUCACCUGCAGAGUGUAGAUCUCCAUGUCGGCACACGUGAACUUGAGAGUGGCCGCCAAUAUGGCGUGUCGGUCGUCAUCAAAGCUGCCCCGAUACGUCUUGCCGUCGGGCAGGUCACCCCUCCUCAGCCACUGCUGGCAGCGGCGGAGGUCGCCAGCCGACGCCCCAUACCCCAGCAACAGGCGGCCGCCACCGAUGGCUACCUUGCCCCAAUUCUCCCCCUCCGUCCCGGCGACCACCACGUAGUGCUCGUUGCGCGGCACGGCGAUCCUGACGGUGCCGUCGCCCUCCUCGAACGCGCCGCUUAUGGAGUAGAAGGCGACGGGGCAGUCGGUGGUCUUCUCCACGCCAGUGGGCUUGUCUGGCAGCUUGAGCUGUCCCUUGAGGUGGGAGGCGAGGACGUGGCCGCCCAGGUCCUUGAUGACGAAGAGCAGGUCGGCCGCCUUGCCCACCUUGGUCAGCAUGGUCUUGUGCGCCCAGCCGUCACGGUCACCUCUGAAACACAAUCAGACAGACAGACAGACAGGCAGGCAAUGCACCGACGAGAUUUCAGCUGUCACUUAUUCGGUGGUCCCUCACUUGUAGAGCAGCUUUGCGGUCGUUGGGGUGUCGCUCGUCAUGUAGAUGAGUGCCUGGAGGCCGUCGGCUGAGAGGAUGGGGUCAGCCGGGCAAGUGCUGACUACCUGCACGUACACAGAAACAUGGAGACCCAUAGGUGCAUCCAGCGCCCCCUGCCUUGUCUGACCUGGUAGACCUCCAGUCGCGUGGCGGUGAAGUGGGAGCUGCCGGCGAGCGUGGCGGAUCCGCUGUCGUUGAAGCUGCCCCGAUACGCCUUGCUCACCGGCAGGUCACUCCUCCACAGCCACUGCUGGCAGUGGCGCAAAUCGCUCACCAGCUCACCCUCCGCACACCCCAGCCACAGCCGACCGCCAGCGAUGGACACCUUGCCACGAGGCUCACCCUGGUCGUCCUUGAGCGCCCCGUGUAUGCUUGCGACGUCCACCCACUGCUUGUCGCCGGUCACGGUGACCUUGACGAUGCUGUCGCCCUCCUCGAACGCGCCGCUUAUGGAGUAGAAGGUAACAAGGCGGCCGGUGUGCAGCUCAGGUAUGGGGUCUGAUGGGGCGAUGAGGGGGCCGUCCACAUGGACGGCGAAGCGGUGGCGGCGGGCCUCACACUCACACUCGAUGGCGAACAGCAGGCCGCCUUGCAGACCCUGCGCUCGCUGCACCAACGUGUCAAACUCACAGUCGCCAUGGGAGCUUCUGACAGACACACACAGAAGGGUGCCAUCUCAGAUCUCUCCCGUCCCUGUGCUGUUCGUGUGUGGUCUCUGUGACUCACUUGAGGAUGCAUUCGAUGUGGCUGUGGGAUUUGCCGAUCAUCGACAGGUACACCUGCUCCAUGAGGCCGUACAUCUCACACACAUACAGCAGCUCGUCGAAGGAGCUGCUCGUCGGCAGCGGCGUGGCGGCGUCGGGGGCGAUCCGAAUGCGGCGGACGUAAUCAACGACCCUGCACACACAACACCACACCAGCACGCCACACACAGGGGGAUCGAUGUGCCCGUGUGUGCCAGAAUCGUCAUGUUACUUGUAGAAGUGGUCUGCGCGUACGUCAACCACCGGCCCAGUGAGCCUGCACAGAUACACGGCCGCACAAGGCGAUAGUGUGCAUCUCCGUCCCAGUUUGGCUCCCUGCCUCAGAACUUUCUCACUUGGUGAAUCGGUUGUAGAGUGCGGUGAAGUCGUCCAGCGUGGCGUCGGUUGUGGCCACCGUAUAGCCAUCCACACACACGCUUAGCACCUCACUCCCGCCCUUCCCGCCCGCCACUGAUGAGUCGAUGAAGGCGCCCAUCGCAGCCAUGAAGCCGCGGAAGGCGGCACUCUUGUCGUCGCCGGUCUGUGGCUCGAUGGUCAGGUCCGUCUUGGCGAAGAACCGGUCGUGGUAGAAGGCGAAUGCAGAGGGGCAGCCCUCACAGAUCUCACUCACGUCGAUGCGGUUGUCCCUCAGGUAACGAAGCUUGACAUUCAACCUGACACAACACACACAGACACACAAGGGGGCAGUGGUGGCCACCGCUGAAUGUCAGCCUGCAUGCCCUGCCCUUGCCAUCUCACCAUUUGAAGUAAUCUGGAUCUGCAUCGAUGAAGGGAGUGCCGUUGCCGUUGCUGAGCAUCCAGUCGCCAAAGCGGUGAAGCAAUACGGCCAGGAGGGUGUGCUUCAGCCCGUCGUGAAGGAGCAAAUCACGAGGAAACGUCAUGACCGUCCCGCCCACGUUCAGCAACAUGGGUCCGUCACUGCCCACAGCCGAUGAAUGUGCACAGCCCAUGGCGUGCAGAUGCGAUGUGCACAGACACUUUGUAGGCCUUGGCCAGCCGCUCUCCGUUGUCACUGCUACGACAGGAACCACGCUCCUGGCGUAACACAAAGCACGGCGGCCACUGUACAGUGCAUGCGUCCCUCCUCCCUUCUCCCCACCUCGACAGUUCCCAGUGUGAUCUUGUCACCGACGUUGGUGGGGAACAGCACACCAAGCAGGUCUCUGUCGACGCCGGCAAGUCUGGUAGUCCUUCAGGGUCUUGUUGUUGUGGUAGGUGAGGCAGAGCGGAAGUGCCGCGACUCACCUGCACGGCACCAAACACACAUCCAUUCGUGAGGUGAGCGGAACAAUGAGUGAUGCGGAACAAUGGGCACUUCUGUUCCGUGGCAUCUUCUUCCACGUGCAGCUCGACGGCACGAGCAGCGGACUGAUCCAACACGACAAACAGCCGCGACCCACCACCAAUACGCUCUGGUUCCAGUGUGUUUGGCGGUUUCACGGAAUGUUGGCCCGCUGUUCGGUCUAAAGCCUCUCUUUUGCUCCACGAACAGAUGAGGCGAGAAUUGGAGACGGGACGGGAAAUUCGAAAAUUCGGCAAGAAUUCGUCCCACUUUUUGUUCGUGCUCGGCUUCUCAGCCUUCUUUCGGCCACAGAUGCCCCGUUUCUUCUUCUUUUCAUCUGCUUUUUCGGCUGGUUCGGUCCGGCCCAACCUCAUCUACCCUUCCUCGACUCGUCCGGAUGAACUUACCCUUCCUUCCCGUACCGCCGUGCCGCGAGCGAGGCCUCCGCCGGUGGCGCCCUGCCGUCUGUUGAUCAUGAACGGGUGGCGACUGCCUGACACUGUCUGGCGUCAACUGAGUGCGCGCACGCCUUACUUUGUCUUGAAAACAUCCUUUCAGGUGAGUACACGUGUCAUUUCUUUGGGUUGGCUGCGGUGACGGUAUGGUGUAUGGAUGAUGUUCAAGGAUGACUGCAUAGUCCGGUUCAUUGCUGCGGUGGUCUCACUGUGCCC